AGUCGGUCUGCGGCGGCGACUUCCGGUCGCGCGCCGGAAGUGGCUCUUGAGCGCCACCGCCAGCUUUGCACGGAGAAAGGCGCCCUCGAGUUUGAGCGGGCAGCCGGGCACGGGGUACCCGGGCCGUGCUUCCACGCGCGUGUGCAACCCGAGAUGGCGCACCCAUCCCCAGAAGCUAAGCCCUCCAACCCUAGUAACCCCCGGGUCUUCUUCGACGUGGACGUCGGCGGGGAGCGCGUUGGUCGAAUUGUUUUAGAAUUGUUUGCAGAUAUUGUACCCAAAACUGCGGAAAAUUUUCGUGCGUUAUGUACUGGAGAAAAAGGCAUUGGACCCACGACGGGGAAACCUCUUCAUUUCAAAGGAUGCCCUUUCCAUCGAAUUAUUAAGAAAUUUAUGAUUCAGGGUGGAGAUUUCUCAAAUCAGAAUGGAACAGGUGGAGAAAGUAUUUAUGGUGAAAAAUUUGAAGAUGAAAACUUUCAUUAUAAGCACGACCGCGAGGGGCUGCUGAGCAUGGCGAACGCGGGCCGCAACACAAACGGCUCCCAGUUCUUUAUCACCACGGUUCCAACCCCACACCUGGAUGGGAAGCAUGUGGUGUUUGGGCAAGUAAUUAAAGGAAUAGGCGUGGCCAGGGUGCUGGAAAAUGUGGACGUGAAUGGAGAAAAACCUGCCAAAUUGUGCGUUAUUGCAGAAUGUGGAGAACUGAAAGAAGGUGACGACUGGGGAAUAUUCCCAAAAGAUGGUUCUGGCGACAGCCACCCAGACUUCCCUGAGGAUGCAGAUGUGGAUUUCACAGAUGUAGAUAAAAUUUUAUUAAUAACAGAAGACUUAAAAAACAUUGGAAAUACUUUUUUCAAGUCUCAGAACUGGGAGAUGGCCAUUAAAAAAUACACAAAGGUUUUAAGGUACGUGGACAGCUCCAAGGCUGUUCUUCCGGCGGCCGGGCCCCGGCUGCAGCCUGUGGCCCUGAGCUGCGUGCUCAACAUCGGUGCGUGUAAACUCAAGCUGUCAGAUUGGCAGGGGGCCGUCGACAGCUGUUUGGAGGCUCUUGAAAUAGACCCGUCGAAUACCAAAGCACUGUAUCGCAGAGCUCAAGGAUGGCAAGGGUUAAAAGAAUAUGAUCAAGCAUUGGCUGAUCUUAAGAAAGCUCAAGAGAUAGCACCAGAAGAUAAAGCUAUCCAGGCAGAACUGCUGAAAGUCAAACAGAAGAUGAAGGCACAGAAAGAUAAAGAGAAAGCAGCGUAUGCCAAAAUGUUCGCCUAAUGAGUAUUCCCUUUGCCUGAGUACCACGCAUAGGUUGUUUGAGGCAGUAACACAGUGUGAGAGUUGUCUGUAUCCGUGUGUCCUUGACACUCCAGUUCCUCAUGGUUUACAGUUUAGAGAUACUGAUAGUUUCCCUCAUAAUAAAAGCGUUACAAAAUGCCAGUGAAGUUGAUCUCCUGUAAUUGUUUCCUGUACUUUCACAGAGAGUGGUGUCCAGCCUGGUUUUAAAUUCCUGAGUCAUAACUUAACGAACAGAUGCAAGCUUGAGUUUGUGUAUUUAUAUUUGUAGUUUCUUCUGAUCCUUAAUGUAUCUGUGGUAGUCUGUGCUAGUGUUUUCUGUCUGCGGGGAAAGUUCAGGGGCUGGCACACGUGCUGCAAAAGGCCAGAUAGUCCCGUGCUCAGCUUUUGUGGACCCUCCAGUCUGCCACAGCUCCCCAGCUCUGCAGUUGUAACACAAGUGUAACUUCUUACUCAUAGACAAUGUGUAAGCAAUGGAUGUGGCUGUGUUUCAAUAAAACUUUAUGCAUAACAAGUGGUGAGCUGGAUGUCA